GUAGCAGUUUAAAAUGGAUCCAAACGUGCACUUAAUAAGGCCAACCCAAACCAAUCGCCUCUUCACUGGACACUUGCUGACCUCUGGAUCCUCCACGUACCAGGUGCAGAAGUACCUUGGUCAGGGCUCCUUUGGGACAGUUGCAAAAUGCUUAAGAGUAAACGAUGGAGAAACUGUGGCUAUCAAAAUAAUGAAGUCUAAACACUCAUGGAAAGUAAAAGGAGAGGUGGCUAUCCUGAGGAAACUAAAAUCGCUGGACCCAGUAAGAUCCAACCUGGUUCACUGGUACCAAAUCUUUACAGAUAGAGGUCACAUUUGCCUGGAGUUUGAGCAUCUUGACAAGAGUCUGUUUGACUUUAUGAGAGAGCGUAAAUUUCAACCUCUUCCUUUGAAGGAUAUCAGACCAAUUGUCCAGCAGCUCGCCAAUGCACUCAACCACUUGAAGGCUGCCAGAAUAAUUCACGCAGACCUCAAGUUGGAGAACGUGAUGUUGGUCAACCAACAGCUGGAGCCCUAUAGGGUCAAAGUGAUUGACUUUGGUCUGGCCACCAGUGUUCGGUUUGCCAAAGUGGGGGCAUACAUUCAGACCCGUCCUUUCCGGUCUCCAGAGGUUCUUUUAGGCCUCCCUCUUACAGAGGCCAUAGACAUGUGGUCUCUGGGUUGCAUGGUGGCUUUCAUGUACCUCGGUACAGAGCUCUACAAUGGCAACAAUGAAUAUGAAAUGAUCAGGAACAUUAUGAAGACCCAAGGUCAGCUCCCACACAGCAUGCUCUGCUGUGGCAGAAAAACUCACUUAUAUUUCCAAAGGGACAAAACCUCUGCCAACUCUGUUUGGAAACUCAAGGGUCCAGAACAUGUCAAAAGAGCCAAAAGAAUGAAACCAUUUGAGAACAGAAGGUCGGAGCUAACCUCACUGGACGACCUCCAUUAUAAACACAUCAUCAGCAGUGACAACGAAACCGAUCGUGAUGCAGAGCGGAAAGAUGCGCAGAUGUUUGUGGACAUAAUGAAGGAGAUGCUCCAGCUCGACACGGACAAAAGAAUAACUCCUUCCCAGCUGAUGCAGCAUCACUUCACCAGGAUGUUGCACAUUAUUGACAUGUACCCCAGGAGCAAGUAGUAAGACAAAGUAGCCAUAACCCUCCAAGCUAACAUAUGAUACAAACCUUUCAUAUUUGUUUUAUUUUACAUUUAUAAAUA